GUGAAGAGGAAGAUCACACAGUACCUGAGGCGAGCAGAAGAAAUAUUCAACUGCCACCUGCAGUGGGCUGCAGGGGGUGGCAGCACCACGGCCACGGGCUACAGCAGCCUGCGCUUCCGGCCCAUCAGGACACUGAGCUCAGCAGUGGAGAACCUGAGACGGUGUAAGGUUGUGGGAGUGAUUGAUAAGGUGCAGAUCGUCCAGGAUCCAGACACUGGUGGGACCUUUAUACUUAAGAGCCUUCCCAAAUCCCAUGUUGAGACCCGCGAGCGACAGACCAUCAUCCCUCAUGGGGUCCCCUUCAUGGUCAAACUGUUGUGCUACUAUGUGAGUGAGGACUCAAUCUUCCUCCACCUGGAGCAUGUGCAGGGGGAGACACUGUGGUCUCACCUCCGCUCCAAGUACUGUGUCCAGCAGGAUUCUGCAGAUUCAAACACCGUUCAAGCCCAGAGAGACCACGUCAGAGAAGAUGGUGUGGAAAGCUCCCAGGGUGGCAGCCAACGAGCAAGCCUGACCUGUGGCUGGCUCAGCAAGCAGCCACCACCAGGACAAUGCAGGGCUUUGGCUUCCUACAGGCACAACCGGAGAGCAUGGGCUGUGAAGGAGGAGCAGGUGCAGCUGUGGGCAGCAGAAAUCCUCCUGGCCUUAGAGGGCCUUCACCAACAGGGUGUAUUGUGUCGGGACCUGAAUCCCAGGAACCUGCUGCUUGAUGCAGCUGGUCAUGUCCGUCUCACCUUCUUUGGCCAGUGGACAGAGGUGGAGCCCCAGUACUGCAGCCAGGCACGGGAAGAGCUGUACAGUGCUCCAGAAGUGGGGGGGAUUGUGGAGCCAACCGAAGCAGCUGACUGCUGGAGCUUUGGCUCUCUCUUGUAUGAGUUGCUCACAGGAGUGCCACUGUUCCAAAAUCAUCCAUCAGGGAUUCAGCCUCACACUCAGCUGCAUCUGCCAGAGGGGCUCAGCCUGGCUGCUACAUCACUGCUCACUGAGCUCCUGCAGUACAAUCCAAAGCAGCGCUUGGGCUCUGGAAGAGGUGGCAUGGCGAAGCUGAAGUCCCACUCCUUCUUCAGCACUGUCCCAUGGAACCAGCUGGUGGGCUAG